AUGGCCAAGGUUGGUGAGCAAUCUACUUCUACCGCUCCUCCUACUCCAAGGGAAGGAGGAAAGGAUAGCGGAAAGGGCCGGAGGGAUAAGUCCCGCGACGUGAUUAGCGCGAUGGAGGAAAGGCUAGUCAGGGUGGAGACUACCAUGUCUGAUUGGGGAGAUAGAAUCGAAGACAUGGACCUACGCAUCGAGAAGCUAGAGUCCAAGGGGGACGACGGAGAGCUUCGCGGGGAGAUGCAGGGUGCCUUGAAUGUUCUCGCCGACAAUUUAUCGAGGGAUAAUGAGGCUCUCAAGAAGUUGCUUGUCCAAUGUCUAGAGAAGGUCGAUAAGCUCGAGGUGGAGCUUAAUUUGUGCAAGACCGCGUUGGCAAAGAGUGGGGGAGCGCAAGCAGCGACGGUCCACAAAGUCGAUGCUCCUAAACCGAAGGCCUACAGUGGGGCGAGGAAUGCGAGGAAGAUCGACAACUUCCUGUGGAACCUGGAGGGAUACUUUGAGGCAGUGGGCAUCGUGGACGACACCACUAAGGUAAAGUCCGUAUCUCUCUACUUGUGUGAUAUUGCUACCGUCUGGUGGAGACGGAGGUGCGAGGAUGUGAAAAAGGGCCUCUGCACCAUUAAUACUUGGGAAGAUUUUAUUCGGGAGCUUAAGAAGCAAUUCUAUCCCGACAAUGUCGAGAAAGAGGCGAGGUCAAAGCUUCGACGUCUCCAACAUAGAGAUGGUCAUAUUCAGGAAUAUGUGAAGGAGUUCUCCGAAUUGAUGUUAGAGAUUCCCGAUUUGGGGGAGAAGGAAGCUUUUCAUGCCUUUAUUGAUGGGUUAUCUCGGUGGGCUCAGUUGGAGCUCGAAAGGCGAGGCGUGCAGGACCUUGCCACUGCGAUGGCGGUUGCCGAGUCCUUGAUAGAGUUGAAGAGGAAGGACUCAUUUAAACCAAAGGUAAAGAAAUACGAAGGUAGUGACAAAGGUGGUGGAGAUAGGGGAAAAUCUUCCACCAAGGAUGGUAAGGCUUCAUAUAAAGACAAGGGCAAGUGGAAGAAGGAAGACAGGCGUAGUUCUUCCCCGAGAAAGCUUGCUUGCUUCAUAUGCGAUGGACCUCAUCGGGCAUAUGAUUGUCCAAAGCGAGGAAAGCUUGGGGCGCUAGUGAUCACCGAAGAGGAAAGGCAAGAAGAAGAGCGAAGACUUGCUUCCCUUCGACUCUUUAAUGCUAUCCAAGCCAAAGUGGAGCAAAAGCCUCGUGGACGAAUGUACGUGGAGACCAAUAUCGGAGGCAGGAGUAUUCAAGCCAUGGUGGACACUGGAGCUGACACGGUAUACAUGGCGAAAGAGGUGGCUGACUCUAUUAAGCUGCCUUACAAGAAGGAAAAGGGCUUCAUUAAAAGGGUAAACGCAAAGAGAUUACCUAUCAUUGGCGUUGCGAGAGGAACUAACAUCCGAAUAGGCCAAUGGCAAGGUAAGGUCGAUAUCACAAUUGCUCCUAUUGAUGAUCAACGAUUUUAUCUUGGUAUGGACUUCCUCGACAUGGUGAAGGCAUUCUUGGUUCCUUACGCCAACACCAUGUGCAUGAUGGAGAAUGGCCAGCCUUGUGUUGUGCCGAUAAAAAGGGAGUUAAGUCAAGAUAAGAUGGUGUCGGCCAUACAGCUCUCAAAAGGGGUAAAAAGGAAGGAGCCAACCUUCCUAGCAACCCUUAAAGUGGAAGAAGGUACCCAUGCUGGUGAGGCUACACUUCCAAGCCCUAUCCGAGGCGUACUAGAUGAGUUUAAAGAUGUUAUGCUGCUAGAGCUGCCGAAGAAGCUUCCUCCACGCCGAGAAGUGGACCACGAGAUUGAGCUGGAAUCGGGAGCCAAACCACCCGCCUUUGCCCCCCACUGGUAUGGCUCCUCCCCGAGCUCGGAGGGAAUUAAGGAGGCAACUUAA